CUCUGAAACAAGGAGAGAGAGAACGAGAGAGAAAGAAAGAGAGAGAGACCCCCUGUGAUACUUUACCAAUUAAGGAUCUCACUGUAAGAUAUAUAUAGAGAGAGAGAGAGAGAGAGAGAGAGAAAGAGAGAGAGAGAGAGAGAGAGAGAGGGAGAGAGAUAAAAAAGAGCAAAACAGUGAAGAUCUUUCUUUUUCAAGAGUUGACGGAGCCCACCGGUUCUGCCCGCUGGGAGGGAUUUAAACGCACACCGCAACAGGAAGACAGAGCACUAGAUUAAGAAAGGCCACAAACUUAAGCACAGCAGCGAGACAGAGAGAGAGAGAGAGAGAGAGAGAGAGAGAGGGAGCGGUCGUCCAACAGACUCCACCUCUAAACCCCAGCCAGUGAACAGAGAGAGACCCGACGGCAUAAAAAUGAGUGGUUCCCACCUCCGCCAACACCAGUCGGCCCAGCCUGCAUUCAACGCCCUUUCCCCGGACAAAGACGCAGACAUGCCUGCUACAGAGAAGGACCUUGCAGAGGACGCGCCGUGGAAGAAGAUCCAACAGAACACGUUCACCCGCUGGUGUAACGAGCAUCUGAAAUGCGUCAACAAACGUAUCGCCAAUCUCCAGACGGACCUGGGAGACGGGUUGCGGCUGAUCGGACUCCUGGAGGUGUUGAGUCAGAAGAAGAUGUUCAGGAAAUACAACCAGCGGCCCACUUUCCGACAGAUGCAACUCGAGAACGUCUCGGUGGCUCUCGAGUUCCUAGACAAGGAGAACAUCAAGCUGGUGUCCAUAGACUCCAAGGCCAUAGUAGAUGGUAACCUGAAGCUGAUCCUGGGCAUGGUGUGGACUCUGAUCCUCCACUACUCCAUCUCCAUGCCCAUGUGGGACGAGGAGGAGGAGGGGGGAGACGGCCAGCAGAAGACCCCGAAACAGAGGCUUCUGGGAUGGAUCCAGAACAAGCUCCCAGAGAUCCCCAUCCACAACUUCAGCAGAGACUGGCAGAGCGGCAGGGCGCUGGGGGCACUGGUCGACAGCUGUGCUCCAGGCUUGUGCCCUGAUUGGGACCAGUGGGACCAGACUAAACCAGUGGACAACGCCCGUGAGGCCAUGCAACAGGCUGAUGACUGGCUGGGUAUCCCUCAGGUGAUAACCCCAGAGGAGAUCGUUGACCCCAAUGUAGAUGAACAUUCCGUGAUGACGUACCUGUCCCAGUUCCCCAAGUCCAAACUGAAGCCUGGGGCACCCCUGCGCCCCAAACUGAACCCAAAGAAGGCACGCGCAUACGGACCAGGUAUCGAGCCAGUAGGUAACGUUGUGAUGAAGAAGGCGGUGUUUACAGUGGAGACCAUCAGUGCUGGGAUGGGAGAGGUGCUGGUGUAUGUAGAGGACCCUGCCGGACACAGAGAGGAGGCCAAGGUGACAGCCAACAACGAUAAGAAUCGUACCUACUCAGUCUUCUACAUUCCAAAAGUCACUGGAAUGCACAAGGUGACAGUGCUGUUUGCGGGGCUUCACAUCAAUAAGUCUCCUUAUGAGGUGGAUGUGGGGAUGGCUCAGGGAGACAGCAGUAAAGCCACAGCCCAGGGACCUGGACUAGAACCUGCCGGAAACAUCGCCAAUAAGACCACAUACUUUGACGUCUACACCGCAGGAGCUGGUGUGGGAGAGGUAGAGGUGGUGAUCAUGGACCCAGCGGGUAAGAAGGACGUGGUGGUGUGUCAGAUAGAGGAUAAGGGCAACAGUUCGUACCGCUGCACCUACAAACCCACCCUGGAGGGGGCCCACACCAUCUAUGUUACCUUCGCUGGAGGACAGAUCAGCAAGAGCCCCUUCACUGUUAACAUAGGAGAGGCUUGUAACCCCAGCCUGGUUCGGGCUAAGGGCCGUGGUCUCCAGCCUAAAGGCCUCAGAGUGAAGGAGACAGCUGACUUCAGAGUCUUCACUAAAGGAGCUGGGACUGGAGAACUCAAAGUCACCAUCAAGGGCCCCAAGGGUCUGGAGGAGCCCUGUAAGAGGAAGGAUCUAGGAGACGGUGUGUUUGGGUUUGAGUACUACCCCACCACCCCCGGAACAUACAGUAUAACCAUCACCUGGGGAGGACAGCACAUCCCUCGCAGCCCGUUGGAGGUGAAGAUUGGUUUGGAGGCGGGGCCACAGAAGGUGCGAGCAUGGGGGCCCGGCCUGGAGAGCGGCAUUGUGGGUAAAUCGGCUGACUUUGUGGUCGAAGCUGUCGGAGAGAAUGUAGGAACACUGGGUUUCUCGGUGGAGGGUCCGUCCCAGGCGAAGAUCGAGUGUGACGAUAAGGGCGACGGGUCAUGUGACGUGCGGUACUGGCCAAUGGAAGCAGGAGAGUAUGCGGUGCAUGUCCUCUGUAACAACGAGGACAUCCAGCACUCUCCCUUCAUGGCUGAAAUCACUGCUGCUCUAAACAAGGACUACUACCCUGAUAAGGUGAAGGCGUAUGGUCCAGGACUACAGAGCAGUGGUCUUGCUGUGGGGAAACCCACUGAGUUCACCGUCGAUGCCAAGCAGGGAGGGAAUGCUUCCCUCAAGAUCCUGGCACAGGAUGGUGAGGGUACCCCAGUAGAUGUCCAGGUGAAGGAUAACGGUAAUGGAAUGUACACCUGCAGUUACACCCCCAAGAAACCCCUCAAACACACCGUCAUGGCAUCCUGGGGCGGGGUCAACAUACCGGACAGUCCCUUCAGGAUGACGAUCGGGGCAGGCUGCCACCCUAACAAGGUAAAGGUGUCAGGUCCUGGUGUGGCUAAAACAGGGCUGAAGGCUUUUGAACCAACAUUCUUCAAUGUGGACUGUGCUGAGGCGGGACAAGGUGACAUCAGUAUCGGUAUAAAGUGCUCUCCAGGUGUGGUGGGACCAGCGGAGGCAGACAUCGACUUCGACAUCAUCAGGAACGACAACGACACGUUCACCGUUAAAUACACACCGCCAGGCGCUGGUAGCUACACCAUCAUGGUGCUGUUCGCUGACCAGACCAUCCCCAUGACGCCCAUCAGGAUCAAAGUUGACCCGUCACAUGACGCCAGCAAGGUCAAGGCCGAGGGACCUGGGCUGAACCGCAGUGGUGUGGAGUUGACCAAGCCAACCCACUUCACAGUAAACACCAAGGCUGCAGGUAAAGCCAAGCUGGACGCUGUGUUCUCCGGUCCGGCUAAAGGAGAGGCCGUUAAGGACGUUGAGAUCAUUAACAACCAUGACAACACCCACACGGUCAAGUACACCCCCGUCCAGCAGGGGCCUCUGGGAGUGGCCGUCACCUACGGAGGAGAUUCUAUUCCCAAGAGCCCCUUCUCCAUCCCUGUGGCUCCGAGCCUCGACCUCAGCAAGAUAAAAGUUGAUGGACUGGGAGACAAGAUAACGGUGGGUAAGGACCAGGAAGUGACCGUGAAGUCCAAGGGAGCAGGAGGUCAGGGGAAGGUGGGAGCUAAGGUUACAGGGCCCUCUGGGAAACCUGUCACCUGCAAGGUGGAAGCGGGGCUUAAACCAGAGACCAGUCAGGUGAAGUUUAUCCCUCGCGAGGCGGGGCCAUACCAGGUGGAGCUGACCUAUGACAGCGCUCCCAUCCCAGGAUCCCCUUUCAAACCCACCGCCUACCCCCCCACCGACGCCACCAAGGUGAAGUGUUCUGGCCCAGGGUUGGAGCGGGCUAAGGUGGGAGAGACUGGGGAGUUUGUGGUGGACUGUACCAACGCGGGUCCAGCUGAGUUGACCAUAGAGAUCAUCAGUGACAGCGGGACAGAGGCGGAGGUCCACAUCCAGGAUAACGGAGACGGGACCUACACCAUCACCUACAUCCCCCUGUACCCCGGCUCCUACACCCUCACCAUCCGCUAUGGCGGGCAGGAUGUACCAAACUUCCCCGCCCGCCUCACGGUGGAGCCGGCCGUCGACGCCAGUGGAAUCCGCGUGUUCGGACCGGGAGUGGAGGGCAAAGGCGUGUUCCGCGAGGCGACCACAGACUUCACGGUAGACGCCAGAGCUCUGAACCAGACGGGAGGGAACCACAUCAAGACAGUGAUCCAGAACCCAUCUGGAGCCGUUACCGACGCUGUCAUCACAGACCGCCGUGACGGAACAUACAACGUAGAGUACACGCCCUACGAAGAGGGUCCCCACAGUGUAAAGGUGGCGUACGAUGAGUCUCCUGUUCCCAAAAGUCCGUUCCGUGUGGCAGUGACGGAGGGUUGUGACCCGGGGCGUGUACGUGCACAUGGACCGGGCUUGGACAGUGGCAUCACCAACAAGGCCAACAAGUUCACUGUGGAAACCCGUGGUGCGGGAACAGGAGGUCUGGGUCUGGCUGUAGAGGGCCCAUCAGAGGCUAAGAUGUCCUGCACCGACAACAAAGAUGGCAGCUGCAGCGUAGAGUACGUUCCCUACGAGGCUGGAACAUAUAACCUCAACAUCACCUACGGAGGACAGCCCAUCGCUGGCAGUCCAUUCCAGGUUCCUGUCAGCGACACUGUGGACAGUUCUAAGGUGAAGUGCCAGGGGGUGGGGCUUGGAACCAACGUGCGUGCCAACAUUCCACAGGCCUUCACCGUGGACGCCUCUAAAGCAGGAGUUGCACCUCUGCAAGUCAGAGUACAAGGACCCAAAGGUGUAGUGGAGCCUGUAGAGUUAGUGGAUAAUGGAGACCAGACUCACACCGUGAACUACACCCCGACCAGAGAGGGACCUUACUCUAUCAACGUACUGUAUGCUGACCAGGAGAUCCCACGCAGUCCCUACAAGGUGAAAGUGUUGCCUACCCAUGAUGCCAGCAAGGUGCGCGCCAGCGGCCCCGGUCUCAACACCACCGGAGUGCCUGCCUCUCUGCCUGUCGAGUUCACCAUCGACGCCAAGGAUGCAGGAGAGGGGCUGCUCGCCGUGCAGAUCACUGACCCCGAGGGGAAGCCAAAGAAGGCCAGUAUCCGUGACAACCAGGACGGGACUUACCUGGUGUCAUAUGUACCUGACAUGACUGGUCGUUACACCAUCCUGAUAAAGUACGGAGGAGACGAGAUCCCUUAUUCUCCCUACCGCAUCAGGGCUCUACCUACUGGAGAUGCCAGCAAGUGUACCGUCACAGUGUCAAUCGGCGGCCACGGCCUGGGAGCCGGUGUGGGACCAACCAUCCAGAUCGGAGAGCAGACUGUCAUUACCGUGGAUGCAAAGGCUGCUGGGAAAGGAAAGGUGACGUGCAGUGUGUGUACCCCAGAAGGGGUGGAGUUGGAUGUAGACGUGGUGGAGAAUGAGGAUGGAACCUUUGAUAUCUUCUACACCGCCCCCCAGCCUGGAGAUUACUGCAUCUGCGUUCGCUUUGGAGGGGAACUCAUCCCCAACAGCCCCUUCCUGGUCACGGCAUUGGAAGGAGCCCCUUCAGAUCAGCUCCUCCAACAACAACAGCUACCACAGUACUACAGCCAACAGCCCUGGGCAACAGACCGGCCAAUGGGAAUGAAUGGUUUGGACGUGGCGGGACUCCGACCGUUUGACCUGGUUAUCCCCUUCACCAUUCAAAAAGGAGAGAUCACAGGCGACGUGCGCAUGCCGUCAGGUAAAACAGCCAAGCCGGACAUCACAGACAAUAAGGACGGGACGGUAACGGUUAAAUAUGCUCCGACUGAGGCCGGUCUUCACGAGAUGGACAUUAAAUACGACGGGAUACACAUCCCUGGUAGUCCCCUCCAGUUCUAUGUGGACUAUGUGAACAGCGGGAACGUCAGUGCGUACGGACCGGGCCUGAUUCACGGGACCGUCAACAAACCUGCUGUGUUCACUGUCAACACCAAGGACGCAGGAGAGGGUGGUCUGUCUCUGGCCAUCGAGGGUCCUUCUAAAGCUGACAUCAGCUGUGUGGAUAACCAGGAUGGAACGUGUUCUGUGUCCUACCUGCCUGUUCUACCUGGAGACUACAGCAUCCUGGUCAAAUACAAUGACAAGCACAUCCCCGGCAGCCCCUUCUCAGCCCGCAUCACAGGUGAUGACUCUAUGAGGAUGUCCCAUCUGAAGGUGGGCUCUGCUGCUGACAUCCCAUUGGACAUCGGAGAGCUGGAUCUGAGUCAGCUGACAGCCUCUCUGACCACUCCCUCCGGCCGAGAGGAACCCUGCCACCUCAAGAUGCUCCGCAACGGACACGUCGGCAUCUCGUUUGUUCCCAAGGAGAUCGGGGAGCACCUGGUGAACAUCAAGAAGAAUGGACGCCAUAUUCCCAGCAGCCCCAUCGCCGUGAUGAUCAGCCAAUCAGAGAUUGGCGACGCCAGCCGGGUGCGAGUGACUGGCCAGGGCCUCAGCGACGCCAAAACCUUUGAACCUGCUGAGUUCAUCAUCGACACACGCGAAGCAGGCUAUGGGGGUCUGAGUCUGUCCAUCGAGGGCCCCAGUAAGGUUGACAUUAACACUGAGGACCAGGAGGACGGCACCUGUAAGGUCACCUACUGCCCUACUGAACCAGGAAACUACAUCAUCAACAUCAAAUUCGCCGACCAACACGUACCAGGGAGUGCAUUCACGGUGAAGGUGACAGGAGAAGGGAGGAUGAAGGAGAGCAUCACCAGGAAGAAGAGAGCAGCGUCUGUUGCUAACGUGGGCAGCCAGUGUGACCUCAGCCUCAAGAUCCCAGGGAUCAGCAUAGCAGACAUGGUGGCCCAGGUGACCAGUCCGUCUGGUCAGGUCCAGGAGACUGUUAACCCUGUGUGUGUAUUAACAGAGAUCAGCAUAGCAGACAUGGUGGCCCAGGUGACCAGUCCGUCUGGUCAGGUCCAGGAGGCUGACAUCAUGGAGGGAGAGAACAACACUUACUGCAUCCGCUUUGUUCCCACGGAGACCGGCGUGCACACAGUGUGUGUAAAGUACGCGGGCGUGCACGUGCCCGGCAGCCCCUUCCAGUUCACUGUGGGGCCCCUGGGAGAAGGAGGAGCCCACAAGGUCCGUGCUGGGGGGCCCGGGCUAGAGAGGGCAGAGGCUGGAGUACCAGCUGAGUUCAGUAUCUGGACGCGGGAGGCUGGUGCAGGGGGUCUCAGCAUCGCGGUGGAAGGGCCCAGUAAAGCAGAGAUCACCUUCGAGGACCGCAAGGACGGAUCCAGUGGAGUUUCCUACAUGGUCCAGGAGUCAGGAGACUAUGAGGUGUCGAUCCGUUUCAACGAGGAGCACAUCCCUGACAGUCCCUUCGUGGUUCCCGUGGCGUCGCCCUCUGACGACGCCAGGCGACUCACUGUUGCCAGUCUUCAGGAGUCCGGGUUGAAGGUCAAUCACCCAGCAUCCUUUGCUGUGAGCCUGAAUGGAGCGAAGGGACAGAUUGACGCUAAAGUCCACAGCCCAUCUGGAGCCCUGGAGGGCUGUUGUGUUACUGAGCUAGACCAAGAUAAGUAUGCUGUCCGGUUCAUUCCCAGAGAGAACGGUCUGUAUCUGAUCGAUGUGAAGUUCAAUGGCAGUCACAUCCCUGGCAGUCCCUUCAAGAUCAGGGUGGGGGAGACGGGACAGGCUGGAGACCCAGGCAUGGUGACCGCAUACGGAGCUGGACUAGAGGGAGGAUCCACUGGUACAGCCUGUGAGUUCGUGGUUAACACCAGUAAGGCGGGCCCCGGGGCCCUGGCGGUGACCAUCGACGGCCCCUCCAAAGUGAAGAUGGACUGUGUUGAGUGUCCGGAGGGUUACAAGGUGACCUACACCCCCAUGGCUCCAGGAAACUACUUAAUCUCCAUCAGAUACGGAGGACCUUACCACAUCGUAGGAUCCCCUUUCAAGGCCAAGAUCACCGGCUCCAAGCUGGUCAGUAGCCAUAGUAACCACGAGACGUCCAGUGUCAUGGUCGACCCUGUGACUCGCCAGGUUAGCUCUUCCCACCAGGGAGCUCCCAGCCAAUCGGACGCUAGCUGUGUGACAGCCAAGGGUCUCGGCCUAUCAAAGGGCUUUAUCGGCCAGAAGAACAACUUCAGUGUCGACUGCAGUAAAGCAGGUCGUAACAUGCUGUUGGUGGGUGUGGACGGGCCCAGGGUUCCCUGUGAGGAGGUUCUGGUGAAGCACCUUGGGAACCGUGUCUAUAACAUCAGCUACCAGCUCAAGGAGAAGGGAGACUACAUCCUGGUAGUGAAGUGGGGAGAACAGCACAUCCCUGGGAGCCCCUACCACAUCACUGUCUAGACCAAUCAGAUUCAACUCCAUCACUGUCUAGACCAAUCAGAUUCAACUACAUUACUGUCUAGAGGCCAAUGACAAAUCAGAACCCUCCAAACUAGCCCUUUGUCUUCAUAGUAAUCAGAGAUUACAACUUUCUAAACUCAUUCACCAAUACCCAAACAAUAAUGCAUAAACACUGAAUAUUCCUCUUCAUUCCUCUCCUCCACUAUCAUCCGCUCUCCCUCCCCCAUCAUAAUCAUCUCCCCUCCCCCAUCAUAAUCAUUCUGUCUCUCUCCCCCCCCCCCCCUCCCCUCACCUAUCAUAAUCAUUAGUAGUCAUAGAGAGGGGAAACAUGCACCUUUUUAUUACUGUAAAAUAGCUUAGCAACAUGUACCUUCCUUUCCCCACGCAGUGUUUAGCUGUGGGCUAGUGUUAGCCUAGCCUAUGGUAGCAUAGUGUAUUGGUAUAGGGGUUAGCCUAGCCUAGCGUAUGGUAGCAUAGUAUAUUGGUAUAGGGUUUAGCCUAGCGGAGCAUAGUAUAUUGGUAUGAGAAUAGCCUAAUGCUAGUCCAGUGUGUUCAUAAUGCUAAUUCUAAAACGUUUAAGGGAAAGAGGGACACCUAGUCAGUUAAAGCUGCUGCUAUUGUGGCCUGGUGUUAGCGCGUCUUAACCAUAACAGUAAUUUAAAGGGCAUAUAGGUUAAUAACUGUUAGUACAGGGUUUAUGACAUGUUAAUAACUGUUAGUAUAGGGUUUAUGACAUGUUAGUAGCCAGCCCCAAUAACUUCUCAUACUGCUACUGCACUUGUUUUAAAGGUAACUAGAACCACUGCAACGACUGACCCAGGUAGAACUGCAUUUUACAGCAUAUUGACCAGCAUCAAAGUAUUAAUAACUACAGUGUUAUGUCCAUGUCACUAGUAGUAUGAAUAACUGUAGUGUGGAAGCGAUGUCCUGAUACUAGUAUUGAACAAAAACUGUCACUGUAAUAUUACUAGCAGUGAAUAUGACUAGAUGAUAAAGUGUUGAAUGGAGAGAUGACUACUUGGAGUGAUGAGCAAAAUAAAUAAAUAAAUAAAGAACAAACGUUGCUUUGUGUUCCUGCUAAAUGUUCUAAACCCCCCCUGCUCUUUAGCUUUGUUACGCAGUAUUCCAGAACAAAAUAACCUUGUCUGUUAAAAAGCUUUAAAGUGUUGUAAGACAGUAUUUUGAUCCACAAUAAAGAUUGUCUUGAAGUA